GAAAAGAGGGAGUGGUGCAGGGAGGCAGGAUCAGCUCGUGUGGGUGUGUGUGUUUUCUGAGUGUGUUUGGAGAAUGAGGUGAGAAAUCCAAAGGAACCAUCUCAAAGAGGAGAGUCGACUCAGCGAAAGGCAUGGGAGGAAAUAAUAGGGGGUGAAAAAUUGUAGAGAAACAAAAGAAGGAGCGACAGGGGGGGAAAACAGCACUGUGAGGACCUGGGCUGUUUAUCCAGGCUGGUUACCACGGUGACAAUAUGGGUGCUGUGGUGGGAACUUUGACCAUGCAAACCAAGCAGAGGAGACCAACAAGAGAUAAAACAGAUGAUGAUCUUGAGAUGACAACGGUCUGUCACAGACCAGAAGGUCUCGAUCAACUGGAAGCCCAAACCAACUUCAAUAAACAGGAGCUCCAGAUCCUCUAUCGUGGUUUCAAGAAUGAAUGUCCUAGCGGAGUCGUAAACGAAGAGACGUUUAAACACAUUUACGCACAGUUUUUUCCCCAUGGAGACGCUAGCAUGUACGCACAUUACCUUUUCAGUGCUUUUGACACAACUAACAAUGGCUCCAUUAAGUUCAAGGACUUUGUUACGGGCUUGUCUAUCCUCCUGAGGGGAACUUUGAGGGAAAAACUCGAGUGGACGUUUCACCUUUAUGACAUUAACAAAGAUGGCUGCAUAAAUAGAGAGGAAAUGACAGAGAUCGUGAAGGCCAUUUAUGACAUGAUGGGUAAAUACACCUACCCAGCACUGAAGGGAGAUGUGCCACAGCAACAUGUGGAUAUCUUCUUUCAGAAAAUGGACAAAAACAAAGAUGGAGUGGUGACUUUAGAGGAAUUUGUCAUAGCCUGUCAGGAGGAUGAAACAAUGAUGAGAUCCAUGCAGCUCUUUGAGAAUGUGAUGUAGGACAAAAGGAUGUGACAGAUGAACAAUCAGAGGGAUUAUUGUGUGUUUGCAUACAGUAUGUGCAUUAAUGUCUCCCUUUGUUUCCCUUGUAUUCAAUGUGGACUGAAUGCAGGCAAGUUUCCUGCAAAAACCUGGAUGACAGGACUGGACUGGAGUUAUUUUGUCGCUACAAAGUAACCUAAAUUAUUUAAUUUAUUUAUCUAAUUUUUUUGUGAAAGAAUUUCGCCAUACAAACUGAACGGUCCUACUACAGGAGACACUUGAAAUAGUAAUGUGAUUCAUGCCGUAUUCUUGUCUGGCUGUCACGUGCUUGCUGUUUUUAGUCGAUGUUCAGCUUGCAGCAUAACGUGAAACAAUCGUGUGUUUUGGUGUACCAGUCUGUCUAUUUAGGAACAUAUUAUUUCAAUACUGUAGUUUUUGGUUCUGCUUAUGUGUGUCUUUGAAGGUUUAACAUGUGGAAAAUGUAAAUCAUAUAUGUGUAACAUGAAGAUGUUUCCCGAUGCAAAAUCAGGAAGAUGUUUGUGAUCAUUUAUUUGCACAAUUGUGUCAUAUUAUACAGCCAAAAUGCUUGAAAAAGCUUAGUUUUUGUAUCUAUGAAUGGCAGCUUUGGAACUGGAUGUAAUAAUCCAACAUCACUGCUGAACAGUCAGCGCUACGUCCUUCAUCAACCCUUAUCUAUGAUGUAACGCUAAUGCAAAAGUAUAGAAACAGCUGGGUGACUACUGUAUUUGCCUGCAAUUUCAGUAAGUUGUAAUGUUUGGUCAAAGUGAAACAGCAAUAGAAUAUGCACAGGCUAUAGUAAACAGAACACUAAAAUAUCAAUCAUGUUUGUUUGUUUUUUGCAGUAAAUGUAGCUUUUUUUUUGCUACUGCACAUCGUUUUGUGUAACAUCAUAGCCUCAGGUCCUGGUUUGAAAAUGAUUCAUCUUUUCAAGAAAAAAGUUAUUCUAAGCCAUACAAAUAAAUCCCUAUAUUGACUUGUGUUUUACUUUCAUUUUACCCUGUCGUUGAACUGUUGCAUCAGCAAUAAUUACAUAUUAAAAGGGAACAUGCACCACCAACAAUAUCACAUAUUGUCUUAUAAAUCCCUUUCUUUUGUUUACUUAGAUUUAGAUGUACUUUACACAUUUGUCCGUAGAAACUUCGACUUAAAUGCAUUCAAAUUAGGGCUGCAACAAUUAGUCGACAUAUUCGACAACCCAUCCAUCCAUCCAUCUUCUUCCGCUUAUUCGAGGUCGGGUGGCGGGGGCAGCAGCCUAAGCAGGGAAGCCCAGAUUUUCCUCUACCCAGCCACUUUGUCCAGCUUCUGCCUGGAGAUCCCAAGGCGUUCCCGGGCCAGCUGGGAGACAUAGUCUCCCCAACGUUUCCUGGAUGUUCCCCCAGAGAGGCGUCCAGGGGGCGUAAUUUUAAUAUAUUCCAGAUAUACCCCAUCUACAAAAAUGUGCAAAUAUUAAGAAGAGAGUCCAACUGGAGCAACAGCGCAACGCAAACGUGACAUCAUGCUCCUGCAGCUAGCUUCUUUCGUCAGGGACAUCAAGGGACAGAAGUAAGGAGUCUCUUAACACGAGUACAUUUUAUAACACUAGAAAAAGAUGCUAGAUUUGUUGAUAAUUGUUUUUAAUUAAAAAAAAAAAGAAUUAAAAGUCUAUAGGUACUUGAAAAAAAUCUCCACAAAGUACAUUGUACAGUAAGCAGCAACAAAGGAAAAUAUAGCAAAACAAUACAUAAAUAUAAAUAUUUGUGUAUAUAUGUAUAUGUUAAUUCUAAUUAGUAACAACAUAUUUGUUUUUAAAUGUAUGUCUACAUUUGUUUAGCUUUUUUAAAUAAAUAUAAUAUAGUAUAUCAUAAAAAAGGCAAAUUAUUACGUCAUAACCACGCCCCCACCGUUACAGGUAUAUAUGUAU